CUAUGUUACACGCCCAUUGCCUCCCUUAGAUCUAGUAGAGCUAUUACUUUGAAUCACUCAUAGCAAACGUCAUGCUCCGAAGAAAACUGUGGCAUAAAAAGUGCGAUCAGGAUAUGUUUACGAAUCCAACAAAAAUAUUGUAGUCUAGUCAAAUCAGAAGGAAUAGAUUAUAGUGCCUAAUUCAUUUACGAAAAUGAAUGGAAAUGAUCAAGCAGCAGCCGGUGAGCCUCAGAAGCCAAAAACCGAAAAGGAGCUUAAAAAAGAGGCAAUGAGAUUGGCUAAACUGGAGAAAUUCAAAGCCAAGCAAGAAAAACAGAAAGUCACAGAGGGAGAGGCCAAACCGAAAGCUAACAAAAAGAAAACUUGUGAAGAGAAGCAGGUCGUUACUUACGAUGUGCCAACAGAAAAGGGACAGCGGAAAGAUACCAAGUGUCCAAUGCCAGAUGCCUACAGCCCCAGAUAUGUCGAGGCUGCAUGGUAUGAUUGGUGGGUCCAGGAAGGUUUCUUUAAACCAGAAUAUGGUGGACGAGAUGUGAACAAGUUGAAGUAUGAAGAGAAGUUUAUAAUGGUCAUCCCUCCACCCAAUGUGACCGGGUCUUUACAUCUUGGACAUGGGUUGACUAAUUCUGUUGAAGAUUGUUUGGCAAGAUGGCACAGAAUGAAGGGUAAAGCUGUCCUGUGGGUGCCAGGAUGUGACCAUGCAGGUAUCGCCACACAGGUGGUGGUGGAGAAAAAGCUCUGGCGUGAAGAAAAGAAAACAAGACAUGACCUUGGGCGGGAGGCUUUCGUCAAUGAAGUUUGGAAGUGGAAGAAUGAAAAAGGUCACAGAAUUUACGAUCAGUUACGGCUGUUAGGAGGCUCCUAUGAAUGGGACAGAGUGGCUUUUACGAUGGAUGAUGUCAGAUAUCGCUGUGUGAUUGAAGGUUUCUGCAGACUCCAUGAAAUGGGUCUCAUCUACCGCAGCGUUCGACUGGUCAACUGGUCCUGCACUCUGCGCUCAGCAAUCUCAGAUAUAGAGGUGGAUAAGAGAGAAAUAGAAGGCAGGACAUUGAUAGAAGUCCCUGGUUACACUGAAAAGAUAGAGUUUGGAGUUCUGGUUUCUUUUGCUUACAAAGUUGUGGAUUCAGAUGAAGAGAUUGUUGUGGCCACCACUCGUAUUGAGACCAUGUUGGGAGACUCUGGCGUUGCUGUGCACCCCAAUGAUGAGAGGUACAAACACCUGGCCGGCAAGUUUGUCCAGCAUCCAUUCUGUUCUGGAAGACUGAUGCCCAUUGUCUUUGAUGAGUUUGUUGACAUGACCUUUGGAACCGGCGCUGUGAAGAUCACUCCGGCUCAUGAUCACAAUGACUACGAAGUUGGCAAGAGACACAACCUUCCUUUCAUUACGAUCAUUGACAACAAUGGACUCAUCACCGGGGACUGUGGGAAGUUUACUGGUAUGAAGAGGUUUGACGCCAGGAAGGCUGUGUUGGAGGAACUCAAAGAAUUGGGUCUGUACCGGGGAACGAAAGACAACCCUAUGGUUGUGCCAACAUGCAGUCGCUCUAAGGAUGUGAUUGAGCCACUUCUGAAGCCGCAGUGGUAUGUGGAUGUCAAAGAUAUGUCUGCCAGGGCCGUGAAGGCUGUCCAGGAGGGAGAGCUGCGCAUCAUUCCUGACAUGUUCAAGAAGACUUGGUACUCCUGGCUAGAGAACACAAGAGAUUGGUGUAUCUCAAGACAACUUUGGUGGGGCCAUCGUAUCCCAGCAUACUUUGUGACCGUGGAGGGUCAGACACCUGGCCAGGACAUUGAUGGCCACUACUGGGUCUCUGGGCGCACCGAAGAGGAGGCCAAAGAGGCAGCUGCAAAGAAAUUUGGUGUCGAUGUCGGCAAAAUCUCUCUGCGUCAAGAUGAGGACGUUCUGGACACGUGGUUCUCUUCAGGAUUCUUCCCAAUGUCUGUUUUUGGCUGGCCAGAGAAUACAGAAGACUACCAGCUGUAUUUCCCUAACACACUCCUAGAAACUGGCCAUGACAUUCUGUUCUUCUGGGUGGCCAGGAUGGUUCAAUUGGCCUUGACCUUAACAGACAAGCUACCUUUCAAAGAUGUGUACCUUCAUGCCAUGGUCCGUGAUGCUCAUGGGCGCAAGAUGAGCAAGUCAUUAGGAAACAUUGUUGACCCUGUGGAUGUCAUUCUGGGUAUCACAUUAGAGGAUCUGAACCAAAAACUGAAUGAAUAUAAUUUGGAUAGGAGCGAGAUCAAGAGAGCUAUCGAAGGCCAGAAAGUGGAUUAUCCUAAUGGUAUCCCAGAGUGUGGAGUUGAUGCCCUUAGAUUUGCUCUCAUUUCUUAUACAGCUCAAGGUCGUGACAUGAACCUUGAUGUCAUGAGAGUUCAAGGCUACAGGUUCUUCUGCAAUAAACUUUGGAAUGCCACCAAGUUUGCAUUGGGCAGUCUUGGAGAGAACUUCCAGCCUUACCCAGAGUUUCAUUUGACAGGCAAAGAAAGUCUGAUGGAUUUGUGGAUACUCAGUCGACUGUCGCAAGCCAUCAAACUUUGUAAUGAAGGGAUGGAGAAUUUUGAGUUUCCUACCAUGACUACAGCCAUCUACAACUUUUGGUUGUAUGAGCUUUGUGACUGGUACCUGGAGUGUAUCAAACCAGUAAUCAAUGGAUCCAACACUGAGGCCAUCACUCUGUGUCGCAAUGUCCUCUACACAUGUCUGGAUGCUGGACUUAGACUGCUUCACCCUGCCAUGCCUUUCUUAACAGAAGAACUCUUCCAGAGAUUACCUCGAAGGAAGCCUGAUGCACCGCCCAGUAUUUGUAUCACUCCAUACCCAGAAACAUGUCAGGCCAUACCUCAUAAUCCAGCUCUUGAGUAUCAUGUGGAGUUUGUUCAGAACAUUGUCAAGAGUAUCAGAUCUGUCAGGUCAGAGUAUCAGUUGCCACCCAAGGCCAAAGUUGAAGUUUACCUGAAGUGCUCAGAAAUUGAAGUGGUCCAGAUGCUCAAGUCCUUUGAGAAUGUUAUUUCCACCAUGGGCAACGCUAGUCAGAUCACUUUCAUGGUCAAUGAGGAGGAGCCCCCUGCAGGUUGUGCUGUGAUGGCUGUGUCCUCAAAGUGUGAGACCCACAUCAUGCUCAAGGGCCAAAUUGACAUUCCCAAAGAAAAAGACAAGAUGGAGACCAAGAAAGAUAACUUGAAGAAAUCUUUGGCCAAGCUGGAAGAUGCAACUAAAAUGCCUGACUAUUUAUCUAAAGUCCCCGAAGAUGUCAGAUUUAAGAAUGAAGAAAAGAUGUCAGAGUUGAAAGGUCAACUAGAGACUGUGACCAACUCUAUACAGACAUUACUCAAGCUUAUGUAGACAUAGUGCACUACCGCUUAGGUUUUUUUAUUUUUACUGCAUAACACCACAUGAUUGACUCGUGACUUGGGACUCAUUGUUGAUGUGAAUGUGGAAUGUCUGGAAAGUGUUUUUGUCUUAGACAUUUAGAUCUAAACUUAUUAUACAAGUGUGAACAUUUUAUUUUAUGUAUCUCUUGAUAUCUCCUAUCUGUGUGUGUGCCUCAUUGUUUCCAAAACUGAACUUUCCUGAAUGCAUUAGGUUUAAUUAAACAUUUAUUUAUGAUGAUGUUCUUAAGUUGUUUUUAAUUGGGUGACUCUAACCAGAGAUAUUAUCAGAUUUUUUUUUAUGUACUUGCUACAUUUUUAUAAUGUGAAAAUUGGAAUUUAAAGUUGCAGUCAGAUGUUACACUUGUUUAACAGUUACUGAUGUAAUUUUUAUAAAAUAUCGAACUUUAUAGAAUGUUAACAGAAAUGGGGAAAAAAUACAUCAGGACCAAGCCUAGACAUGUACUGUCGUAACAUUAUGUAAAAGCUUCAUUGCUUAGGAUUGAAGAAUUAUGAAUAAAUAUAUUUUGUACUGAAAAGGAAAUGUUCAUUGGAGUAAACAGGUUACAGAGAUAUCUUUUAAUAAAUUAUUACAUUUUCAUAUCCUUGUAAUACAUGCUUCCUGUUUACAUUGAACAAUGUAGUCAUGCAGUUUUUGACCAACUUUAUAUCAAACUUUGUUUUUUUAAAUGACAGUAGUGUGUUUGUACUACAUUUGUCUACUGUGGACUGGAUCAUUUGCUUUUAUCUUCCCAACUUGUUCUAAUAGUAUUCAACAAUAUUUUUUUUUUAUUCAAGGGAAGUAAUCUAAUUACUCAUAGACAUCUAAACUUUAUAAGUGCUAGUUACCUCAUAUUUAUUGAAGAAGACCACACACUGGGAUGAACUAGACAAAAUAUUUCUCUUUUAUUAUUUCUUGGUGAUGUGAGUGUUUGAUGGCUUUUGUUAUGCUGUUUUCUCUGAUGAUGACAUUCAAUAAUGUGGAAAUAAAACUCAUGUGAACGUUG